GGGGGGGGAGAAGUUUAAAGAAGAGGCGGUAAGACGAGAAGAUAGAGGGGAAGACGGAAGAGGAGAGAAGAAAGGAGAGAAGAGCAGCGAAAUAGCGACGGGGAGAGUCGCGAAGGGAAGAGGAGAGAGAGGAGAGGACGGAAGAGAGGCAGAGUGCAAGCACCGUCCAAGUCGUCGAACUUAUGGAGAUAAGCAGAGCCGCGCGCAGUGUCCUGGGGGGAGCCUACCUCCGGACUAUAGGCUCGAUGAUGGCUUUCUGGUUGAUGAUGCCUCUUCUGCUCGUGACGGUGAUUAACACGGAUGGUGACAGUCACCAUAGCGGAGCCGACGGCCAUGGAGGUUCCCGCAUUUUGCUCGCUGCUGCCACGCCAACUGAGUCGACGAGCUUUGCCGGGAGGAACCUGGCGAUGGCCCGGACAGGAGGAGGAGGAGGAGGAGGAGGAGAACAAGUGUUGGCAGCAAGAGACUCUGUGCACGAGUCGACAGCUGAGGGCGCUCGAGCAUGGUCAGGAUCGGACUCCGAGCACGCCGCCGCUCUCCAUCGGCGGCGUUCUUCGAACCGUCGGCUGGCUGCGUCAACGUCGACUCUCCGUGGUGGAGGAGGAAGCUUCCAUGAAGGUUCUCGACGAGGGCGUGCUCUUCAAUCCACCGCAGCGAGCGACUGGGUGAAUGCUCACAACGUAGUGAGGACUAAUGUCAGUGUGCCUGGACUCAGCUGGAACGGCACAGUGGCGUCUUCUGCAGAUAGUUGGGCCCAAACGCUCGCUAAUACCUGCCAGAUGUACCACGCCUCAAACACCGGCUACGGGGAGAAUCUGUACAUGGCCUGGAGUUCGGGAGCUAUUAACAUCACGGCAUCAGGUGUUGUGGGCGCUUGGGUGGCUGAGAAGGCCUAUUACAACUACGCGACCAACACCUGUGCUGCCGGUAAGGUGUGCGGUCACUACACCCAGGUCGUCUGGAAGAACACCAAAGAAGUCGGUUGUGCUAUCGCCUCCUGCAUGUAUGGGUCGUAUAACGCACAGAUCGCCGUCUGCCGGUACAGCCCACCUGGCAACUAUAUAGGCCAAAAGCCCUACUGACCGUCCGAUUCACUCUCAGACUGACCACAGUGCGAGCGUACUCACACGGACUGAUGUCAGUCUGACAGUCACUCCUGCCUGAAAAGCAUAGUUGUCGUAGCCUGAUGCAGGCGCUUUUCUACUCUUUUUCUGGACGGAAUUGCAGCCAGAAGCAUGCCGGUCCGGCCGUACAUUCGGUCAGAUACAUUCAAGGUACUGCUAGUGUGAGUACACUGCGUAGCCUCCCGAUAUUCGGCCAGACGCGGUUGCGCACAUUUCUCUGGCAACAGUUAGACGGCACAUUUCUCUGGCAACUGCUUCUGGUAAUUGAAAUUUUUCUGUCGGUUACACUCCUGAUCUAUUUCUCUGGCAACAGUUAGACGGCACGUGAGUGUGUACUAAACGACCACGUGGCAGAUAUAGCUAUCGUUGAUCCGUUUUUUUUUUGUUUUUUUUUUCCCUUCCCCUAAAUCAAAUCUGUUAUUCCCU